UCCAAUACAACCAUAUCAUGGCUGCUUCGGGUGAUACGUCAGUCAACGAUUCGGAAGACAAGGUUUUUGUACGUCUCGAUGAUGUGAGGAAGUUCAUCAAGGAGGCUAUAGAGUUAUCUGGAUUGCGGACCAGUUAUGCUGAAUUACAAGCUAAAGUACUAGUAGACGCAGACUGCAAAGGAAAAACUUCGCAUGGUCUUGGAUUACUUCAUAUGAUAUUACUUAAUAUCUCAGAGGGCAGUAUAGUGGACUCUGAACCCGUGGUACUUCAUGAGACUGUUGGAUCAGCAUGGCUAGACGGACAGGGAUGUCUAGGGGCAGUCGUAGGAUCCUUUGCUAUUAAGAAAGCCAUAGAGAAAGCAGCUCAAAAUGGCAUUGGAUGGGUAACAGCAAAAGGUUCUCAUCAUCUUGGGUCUCUGGAAUGGUUUUCUAUGCAAGCAUGUCAACAGGGUAUGAUUGGUCUAUGUAUGUCUAAUACAUGGCCUGCCUCCGUAGUCCCCGGCUCUAAACAGCGAGUCUUAGGAACCAACCCGAUUUGUCUAGCUGCAGCGGGUCUGGACGGAGACUAUCUUCUCUUUGAUUCAGCGUUAACAGUCACCGCAAUGCGAAAGGUUAAAGAGAAGACAAAAAGUGGUGAUGGCUCUGUCCCCGAGGGAUGGGGUGUGGAUCAGAACGGUCAACCAACUACAGAUGGCGCUAGUAUUCUAAACAAUGGAGCCCUCCUGCCUCUAGGUGGAAUAAGUCCGUUAACAGGUGGUCACAAGGGUUUUGGUCUUAUCCUGUUAGUCGAAGUAUUAACCAGUGUUCUAGCUGGAUCUGCCUUUUCUUCGGAUAUCGGGAAGAAGGAUGGCGAGUCAGGAGCGUUCGUUGGCAAAGAUUUUGGACAGACGUUCAUUGCUAUAGACCCAAGUCAUUUCGGUGGCGGAUUCUCGGACAGACUUCAAUUUCUACUGGAUUAUUGCCGUCAUCUAGAACCUGUUGACGAAUCAAAUCCUGUCAAAAUGCCUGGUGAAAGAGGGCGUCUUAACUAUCAACGUGCACAUAAAGACGGUGGUUUAUGGUAUUCAAAACAACUCAUUCAUCAAAUGAACGACUGGAUGAAGAAACUUGGUGGCGACUUCAUGCUACAAUGACCAUCUACCUGGAUCGCAUAGCACAUGAGGCAUCAUACUAUUAGAACUGUGGACAGGUUUCAUGAAAAAUUGCU